AUGUCAUCUCGCAGGCCUGUCUCUCUAGGCCGUCUCCAGAUCGGCAAGCCCGAGCAAACAGCAGCCCAAUCAGAGACGGUCGCGCCAACGCGACCUGCGCGGCCUCUGGGCGAAUCACAUUGCCAAUUUGGCGGCGUCCGGUUGUUAGUGGUCCUCGACGUCCGCGUUUCCGUGCUGGAGGACGAGUUGAAGGAGACUAGCGCGAGGGCCUAUCAGCUGUACAGCGGUUCUUGA